AAUACACCGAAACAUUGCAUUUGCGCAUCAUGCGAUGGAUUCAUCAAUGAAUUAAAAAACUCGACCAAACUGAAAAAGAGACGCGGGAAACUUUGAAACUCUAAAAGCAGCGUUGCGGAACUUCGUACGUCAUCUUCAAGAUAUCGAUUGACCUGCAGCAAACCACCAAUGGAAUCUCAAUUGAGACCCUCGACCGUUAUAUUACGUCGUCCAUUGUAAAUCGUAUCUGUAAAUGAAUCAGCUGAAUAGCACACAGACGAAAGGCGUAUGUUUACUGAACGCAUUAUCGAGAACUGUCAAGAGUCAGAGGCGCAGUUUAGCGAAAAAAUUUCUCGGUUAUCGCAAGAUACUACCAAUAAUGACGCUGGAAAGAGAUGAAGCUUCUGAUUUGAGCGAAGUAAUCCUGCAGGAAUGCUCCGAUGUAGAUACACAGGUCAAUAUGGAUAAAAAACCAAAGAGGAUACUACAUUUUUCUGAUGGUGUAAUGGAAGAAUAUUCCUCAGAAGAUGAGAUUGACAUGCCAAAGAGCAAUAAAACAAUGUCCCAGAUAGAUCCUAAAACUAUGAAAUGGUUACCAUGGGCAUGGUAUCAGACCACAUGGUUGAGUUCAAAAAUGUUGGAUGGUUGUGAUUAUGUUGGUGAAUUUCUGGCUAAUUUCCUUGGAAUAACAGCACCCAAAUAUCAAUUUGAGAUCAAUGAGUUUUAUAGACUGCAAGCACUUGAAAAGGAAAUGCUUCACAAACAAGAUUUAGAGCUGGGGGGAUGGAGUGAACAAAAAAGAAAUAACCUCAUAGAUAGUGAUAAUAUAUUAUCUAUGGAACAUAAUUGACAUAUUUUUAUAAAUGUAUAUUAAUUCAUUGCAUAAACUUUUUAUGCCAGAAUGCAUUUAAAGCACUAUAAUCUGGUAAAAAGGAUAGAUUGAUCAAUUGCAAUGCUAUUGUGCUAAUACUAUCUCAGGAUUAACUAGCAAUUGUGCAAGUGCAAUCAAUAGGUGCUCAAACAAUUCUAAUUGAUAUUUUUCUAUCGCUUUUAAAUAGUGAAAUCUAUUUUGAGUAAUUAGCAUUGAGAUAUAAGAUAAAUGUACAUAUGUUCGUUGUAAAGUAUAUACACAUAAAAAAAAUGUCAGUAUUAUUUAUUACAAAAUAACUUAAUUGUUAUUGCAUCGAUAUUGUUUAUUGCAUGUGAAUAAUGUAUGUUUAUGAUAUAAGAUAGUAUAUAAUUGUAUCAAAUUUGUUAGUAUUAUGGAAAAAAAUAUAUAUUACCUUAUUAUGUGUAAAAAAACUCUGGCCUCUGUUUUUGCACCCGCACAUAUUCGUGCGGAAAUAAAUGGUAUAAUCGUAA